UCUCAAACGAACAAACCGAAUAGACACUGUCUAACGAGCUGUGGAGCCGAAUAGACGUGCAACCAAAAAGACAGUCAGUAUCGAAUCGUGGGGGAGUCGCCGAGGGUAUAUCUUAAGCGAAUUCUGUAUUAAUUAGAUGAAGAUUCGUCCGUCAUUUAAAACGCCCAAUGCAUUCAAGAAAUCAUGAAGUGGUUUUGUUCCUCAUGACAAUUACCAUUUGGCAAUGCAUACAAGUAACAGGCAAUUCUGUGAGUCAACGGAUAAGUCGGAUACCUUUAUCGGCAUGCUUGCCGUUUGAAUAUUCAUUCUUAUCGAACCGUGAUGCACAAAAAUUAAAUGCUUUAUCAUCGAUUAAUACAAACAAUUUGAUGAGUCAACGGAAAUCUCGGUCACCGAUAAAUCUAUUGUUUCUAAUUGAAUAUCCGUCUUCGCGGUACCGUGAUGAAGUACCAAAAGAAGUAUAUCCAUUUUUACCGUUUUAUAGAGGCUUCCGGGGAGCAACAAAGAAAGAACCAGAACAUGCAACUAAAGGUAAAUGUAACGACAAAGAAAGAAAACCUACGAGCCACAUACGAAAAAGGGAAAACGAUACUGAUAUAAUGGAUGUAAAAAGAGAAGACUAUCAUGUAAAUGAUGAAGUAUGGAAAAAUUAUGUGAACCGUGUAAAAGAAUCGCAAGCAUAUUUGAAAGGAAAAAAAAGAGUGUAUAGGAAAUUAGAAGAUAAUAACGUAACAAGUCCAGCUGAAUUAUUGGUUCGCAUAUUGGCUGCCGCGGAAAUAGUGGGGUAAGGGAUUAGAUUCUUUAUCUGUUAUUUAAUCUCUAGCAGUAAUUAAUUAUCUUAAUUGUUUAUACACCUUAAAAAUUGUAUCGUACAUUUGAUGUGUUUUUGGAGAAAAAA